AUGCCAGCAGUUGCCGCAGGUAGAGUGCUCGUCACCGGUGUCAAUGGGUACAUUGGUAUAUGGGUUGCCCGGGUGCUGCUCGAGAAGGGCUACACUGUUCGCGGCACUGUCCGUUCUGAGGGCAAGGCGCAGCACAUCCGCCAACUGUUCAAGCCUUUCGGCGAGCAGUUUGAGAUGGUGAUUGUGCCCGAUAUCACCAAGGCCGGGGCAUUCGACGAGGCCGUCAAGGGCAUGGACGCCGUCGAGCAUACCGCCUCCCCAUAUCACUUCAAGGCGGGCGAUCCCAACGAGCUCAUCGUGCCCGCCCUGCACGGCACGACGCGCGUGCUCGAGUCCACGCUCGCGUACGGCAGCUCCGUCAAGCGCGUCGUGAUCACGUCGAGCGUUGCGGCCGUGCUGGAGGCGAAGUCGACGCCGCGCGUGUUCACGGAAACGGACUGGAACGACGAGUCCGUCGUGGAGGUGCGCGAGAAGGGCGUACACGCGAGCCAGGCGGGCAAGUACCGCGCGAGCAAGACGCUCGCGGAGCGGGCGGCUUGGGACUUCGUCGAGAACAACAAGGGGAGCAUUGGCUGGGAUCUGGUCGUGCUCAACCCGCCGAUGGUGUUUGGCCCGGCUAUCCAUGAAGUGGGCGCGCCCGAGGCGCUCAACGAGAGUAUGCACAAUUGGUUCCAUAGUGUCUUCCGUGGUUCGCAGGACCCGAAGCAGCUUGGAACGUUGGGGAUGGCUUGGGUUGACGUGCGCGACCUCGCCGAGGCGCAUGCGCUUGCCAUUGAGAAAGAGGAGGCUGGCGGUAACCGAAUCAUCAUUGCGUCUGGUCCCUACAAGUGGCAAGACUGGAUCAAUGCUUCGCGUGCGGCGGGUGCGCCUGCGCCGCCCGGCGACCAGUCCUACGACCCAGCGAAGGCCGUGCAUAUGUUGAACUUCGAUCACUCGAAGAGCAUCAAGGUGCUCGGACUGAAGUAUCAUAGCAUCCAGGAGACCACCUCGGACAUCGUGGGGGACCUGAAGGCCAGGGGGUGGCUCUGA